AUGGAGGGUGUUCUAUGUGGUGGUGUGGGCCAACAUCUACUCCACCAGCCAGAUGUUCACCCUGGGGAACCACUGGGUGGGUGUGCUGCUCGUGACCCUGGCUGCCAUGAGCCUGACCCUGACUCUUGUGCUCAUUUUCGAGAGACACCAGAGGAAGGCCAAUGCCAACACGGACCUAAGGCUGGCGGCUGCCAACGGAGCCCUCCUGAGACACCGGGUGCUGUUGGGGGUGACAGACACGGUGGAAGGCUGCCAGAGUGUGAUUCAGCCACUUGUCUACCAGCUAUCCAAAGGAGACCCCGUCGUGCGGGGGGACUCUGGGAGAGAGCAGAAUGGCCUGCUCACGCCGGAGACCGGGAUGAAUCUGGUCAUCCCCAGAAGGGCAAGCCUCCAGCGAGGAGGCAGGAGCUCUGGUUUGUCUACUUCGACCUGGAGGCCUGCGUGCAGUUUUUGUCCGACCAUGUUCGAGAAAUGAAGACGAGCCAAGAGUCCUUGCUGAGAAGCAGAUUGAGCCAGCUGUGUGUUGUCAUGGAGACUGGGGUGAGCCCCACGGUGGCCGAGGGGCCGGAGAACCUGCUGGAGGAAGCUCCUCUCCUGCCCAGCAGUCCUCGUCCCACGGAGAGGCCACUCAUGCAGACCGAGCUUUGCCAGCUUAUUCCUGAGGCUGAGCCAGAGGAAAUGGCCCAGCAGCUGCUGGCAGUGUUUGGUGGCUACUACAUCCGGCUCCUGGUGACCUCUCAGCUCCCCCAGGCAUUGGGCACACGACACACAGACUCUCCAAGGAUUCCAUGCCCCUGCCAGCUCAUAGAAGCCCACGUCCUGGGCACAGGGUGCUGCCCAUUCCUGGCCAGGUGACCUAGGGACGAAGGGACUCAUCUUCUUCCAAGGCUGAAGGUGAGAAGUCAGGGAGGCCUCAGGAGCCCAUGGUGGCCGACGGUGAGCCCUAGGCGAGGGGAGCAGCAUCUGGGGGCACUCUGAGGCUGUCCGUCAUGUCAGCACUGGGAAUACUGUUCUCACUCCAGGACCCUGCGCAAGAAUGGCUUGUCGACAUCCCACACUGACCCCUGGCCUUUGCAGAAGCCGAUGGUCCCACUCUGAGGUGCUUUCUGUGCUGCUGAGAACUGUGGACGUGGAUGAAAGGGCCACCCGCACAUCCCUUUCAUUGUCUGGAGAGCCCAGGAAAUGUGAAGAUGACCAGACCGGGCUGAACGUGUGUCCAAAGCUUGGUCUCAGGUGAUGCUCCUGUCCCCACCCCCUUCUUGUCAGAUGGAGACUCAGGACACUGCUCUUUGUGGCAUUGCCUUGGGCCCCUUAGAUGAUAAGAAGCCUCUUCCCAAUCUGAAGUGAAGAAGUAAAUUCUCAGAAUGUUCUCCGUUUUUAAGUUGUUUUUUCCCUACAUUUUCUGAAAAACGAUGGCACUUGGGCUUGUAUGCUAGCACACAGGCCUUCAGGAGUAGGAAGCAAACAGCCUGUAACUGCUAAUGGGAAUAUUUGGAAGAGACUGAUCCUGUCUGAUUGGAGGGCGUAUUUUGUUCAACGGCAUGCUUGCUCGUGGGUAUGGUUUCCUACUGCAGACAGAGAAUGGCAGUUUGUUCCUUAACACUAACACUCCUGGAGUGAAGCGUAAUCUGUCACUUGUGGAAUUCCAUGAAGAGCUCAGAGGCUGCCAGGUGCUCUGCUUCUGAACAAGUUUGAAGACCCGUUGUUCCCUAGGCCCAAAUCCAAAAGCCCUAGCCUGGCAUUUAAAGGCUCCCCAGCACCUAAGACCUGGCCUUCAUCUGCAAUUUUGGCUUCAUCGCCCAUAAAAAUCCUUCAUAGGUUGAAACUCUUUUCCUGGACUGACAUACCUGUUCCUUUGUAUCUGCUGGACUCCUAUGCAUGCUUUUGUAAAAAAAAAUUUUUUUAAUUGAGGUAUAUACAAGGUUCAGGUGUACAACAUA